UGCUGCAGCUUCAUCCUCAGCACAGAUGUGAUUUGUGGAGGUUUUAAAACAACCAGCGUGUGGAUGCGACGUGGAUAUAAAUCAGAAAUGUCGGUUUCGUGACCCGCAGCUGAGUUAUCUUAGCUUUUUGUGUGUUGUUGUUAUUAGCAUGUGAGCUAACUGUUAGCAUCCUGCUGCUGGAGGAAGAACCGCUCGGUGCGAUGCUAACAGCAGAAGAGCAACGUUAACGUCUGUGUGUGUUCGCGGGAUAAACACGUAAAUAGAUGAAAUAGAAAACAAACUGGUCUUCAUCUCCCAGUCUGCAGCCUGUGGUCUGACACCUCUCCCAGGAUGCCUAAUGCCAGUGCAAGGCCAAGGCACAGCAGGAGGCCCAGGAGGCGGCGCAGAGAGGACCCGGCCAGGAACGAGCUGGUCUCGAGCUCCCUGGAAAGUGCCCAGCAGUGCCUGUUCAACCAGGACUAUGGAACCGCGUUUGUUCACUACCUCCUGGUCCUCAACCUCGCACCCUUGUUUAAGGACAUUGCAAAGGAGUCCUUCAGGUUCACUCUGUUCAAAUGGGCAGAGGAGCUGGACUCUGUGGGACGUAUCCAGGAACUUUUUGACUGUUACGAACAAGCACUGGAGCUUUUCCCUGCGGACGAGGUCAUCCUCAACAGCAUGGGUGAACAGCUGUUCAGGAUGGGAUUUAGAGACGAAGCUGCAGGUCACUUCCACAAAGCCUUAAAGCUGAGACCGGAUUACCCAGAAGCCAGGGAGAACUUCUACCGUGUUGCCAACUGGCUGGUGGAGCGCUGGCAUUUCUUAAUGCUCAAUGACCACCGGAGGAACCAGAAAUACCAGCAAGCCAUUCAGAAGGCGGUUCAGAACGGCUGCCACACUGUGCUGGACAUAGGUACUGGCACUGGGAUCCUUGGUAUGUGUGCUAAGAAGGCCGGGGCUGCCGAGGUGUACGCCUGCGAGCUGUCGAAGACGAUGUACGAACUGGCCUGUGAGGUGGUGACUGCCAAUGGAAUGGAAGGCAGCAUCAAGAUCCUUCACAUGAAAUCUCUGGAGAUGGAAGUGCCAAAGGACAUCCCACACAGAGUGUCCUUGGUGGUGACGGAGACAGUGGAUGCAGGGUUGUUCGGAGAGGGCAUCAUAGAGAGUCUCAUUCAUGCCUGGCACCACCUCCUGCUGCCUCCAAAGAGAGGUGAGAAUGAAUUCAGGGAACAGUCUGCGACCGGACGUGUCAUCCCUGCUGGAGCCACUGUGUUUGGUAUGGCUGUCGAGAGCAAUGAGAUCCGCCGGCAUCACAGGCAGUGUGUGUCUGAGGUGGGAGGUCUGUCCAUGGCUGCAGCCGGGCAGCUGCGGAGUCCAGUGAGCUGCAGCACUGAACCAGACGACUCCAUGGAGCCGUACACCACAGAGAGACUGAGCCGCCUGCCAGGAGGAUACAAGUCUCUCACAGAGCCUUUCACAGCCUUCAACAUCGAUUUCAAUAAUGUGCAGGACCUGGAGGGCCUGAGCUCCAGGGAGGUUCAGGAGCUCUACCUGCCCGUCAUCAGGGAGGGGGAGCUGGAUGCUCUGGCCGUGUGGUUCCAGCUUCACCUGGAUGAGGAGAGCAGUCUGUCUACUGGGCCUCAGGAGGAUACCUGCUGGGAACAGGCCAUCUAUCCUUUCCACAGCACCACGGGUUUUGUCCUGAAACCCGGAGACAAGCUGAUUGUUGAGGUCUCCUGCCGAGACGCCUACCUGAGGCUCUGCAGCGUCGCCGUGCUGAGAGACGACCACGAAAUUCGUCUGGACAAGCGUCACGACUCGAAGCUCUCUGGGAAUCCCGUUUCAGUCCCGAACCCUGAAGCCGAACUCUGCAGCGCAUUAGCGUGCCUUCAAACUGGCCAGGAUCCCCCUAAAGACUUCUGCAUGCUGGAAUGUGCAGAAAUGGCCCUGGUGAACAAUGAGGAUUACCAUCACAAGUUUUCCACUGCGUUUGAUAAGCUCGUUUCUCGGCUGAAGAUGAAAUGCCCAAACCUUCAGUCGGGCCAGGCUGACCCGGCUCCACCCACAGACUCUAGUGACCUGCUGUACGUGCUGGACGUGUCGGAGGGCUUCUCCUUACUCUCCUUCAUCGCCGCCAGUCACGGUCACGUGAAGGCCUACAGCUCCGUGGAGAAGAAGAAGCAACAGGAAGUGCUCAUGAGACUGGCUCACGCCAAUAACAUCCCAGAAAAGCAUCUGGAGUUCUGGCUCAACAACGUGGACGACGAGCACGGGAUGCUGAAGAGGCCGUCCAGGGAGAAGCUGUGGACGGCCAUCAUCCUGGACUGUGUGGAAACCUGUGGUCUGAUCCGACAGAAGCUGAUGGAGAAAGCGUCACUGGCCAGGUGUCUGCUGGAGGAAGGAGGACACAUCUUCCCACAGAGGAUCAAGGUGUAUGGGAUGUUGGUGGAGUCGGACAUGUUGCUGCUGGAGAGCGCCGUCCAGGGUCAGGAGCCGACACUGGGAUUCAACAUCGCUCCUUUCAUCAACCAGUUCACUGUCCCAGUCCACGUGUUCCUGGAUUUUUCCACUCUGGAGUGCAGACAUCUCAGUGAGUCCGUGGAGCUCUUUGUUCUGGACCUCAUGGACGCCAAUGCAAACUACUCCAACAGGGAAGUCAAGGUCCAGGCUACAUCCUCCGGCAGAAUAACAGCAAUUCCCUUCUGGUACCAAAUCCACAUGGACCAGGAGAUCAGCAUCAGCACCCUGAGCCAGAACUCUCACUGGAAGCAGGCGGCCGCUGUGCUGCAGCAGCCCCUGCAGGUACAGGCUGGAGACUGGGUCCUUCUGGCUGUGAAGCUUCACAAGAGCACCAUCUCCAUAUCAGCACAUGUAGUCAAUGAGCAGACUCAGUAAUAACCCGGUUGUAGCUUCAUUUUAGAUCAUUGUCACAAGCUCUAUAGGGAAAUGCAUUAAAUUACUAUGCAUUCACUUCUGGGUAUUGUUUAAUAUGACAAGAAGAUUUCAGUUUUCAUGUUUUUUUUUUAAAUUAAUAAUGUAAUAUCAGUCUCUGUUCUGAGAUUGAGUAGAAACCUGCAUGACCCGAAGCUGCUUCAUCACAACCAUUAAGAAAGUUCAGCAUUGAACAUUCAAGUCCUGUUUUUAUUUGUAAAUUGUUCCAGGUCUCAGGACAUUUAUAAUUUAUACUUAUGAAUAUACUAUUUGUAAGUAUAUUAUAUAAAUAUCAUAGUUGUCGCUUGAUUUCAGUUGAUUUUGUAAAGAUUGU